AUGAUUCACCGAUACGUGCCGCUCAACAGCCCCGAACACAUCAGGAUCCUUGUUCUAGAGCCCUCGCUCGGCCACGAUGCGCCUCUCUGCUUCUCUUUCCAACAGGCCGAUCUCGAGGCGCUACAGGGAGAAUAUGACGCUAUAUCGUACACUUGGGGAGAACCAAAGCUCAUCUUCCCGCUCUACAACGACGAUGGCUGGCAGGUUUUCGUGACAGAAAAUCUUGAUCGAGCGCUGAGAAGGUUCCGGCAUAAGCUGGACAAGAGAUGGCUAUGGGCAGAUGCUGUGUGCAUAAAUCAAAGCGACAACAAAGAGAAAGGGACGCAGAUUCCCCUGAUGGCCCGCAUCUUCAGAGGCGCAAGAAGAGUCCUCGCUUGGCUCGGCCCAGGCGGAGGGGAAAACGAGAGAGGUAUGCGCCUGAUGGAUCGCUUGUCACGGCGGCCGAGUCGGAUGAUUCAAUCUCAGCUUCACCUCGCAAAGAACGCUGAAAACACACUCGAAAUGGAGGACGAGUCCAACGCACAUGCUAUUGGCCAAUUCCUAAGCAUGCCAUGGUUCAAUCGCCUCUGGAUAAUUCAAGAAUGCGUCUUUAACAACGACUUGACCCUGAUAUGCGGUGCGUCUGAAAUGUCACUGUCAAGAUUCCUUGCCGCCAUAGAAAGAUGUAAGAGCGACGGUCUCUGGGGAGCACUAUCAAGCAACUCACUGUCUGCCAUUGUGAAGUUAGCGAAGCUAUGGAAACUUCAUUCCAUGGCUGAACACGUUAGCACCGAAACUAGUACGGCGGAAAUCUUGGAGAUGGUCAACAAUUCAUGGCUCUACGACUGCUCUGACGAUCGUGACCGGAUUUACGCGCUGUACAGCAUGGCAACAAACAUCGCACCUUUGGCAUUGGCGGAUACAUUCCACCGACAAGAUGUCGUACUCAUGGAUGUCGACUAUUCAUUGGAUGUUCUUGAAACCUACCGCACCUUUGCU